AUUUUAGUAUCAAUAAUUCAAUUUCAAUACUAUGUGUAAGAAUCAUCCAUUUUAGUUAACUUAAAUUUAUAUGCUUUUGAUAUUGAUAUAGUGUCAGUCACUAAUGCGCGAAUAAACUUAAUAACUGGAGAUUUGCUUUCAGAAUUGACUCAAAAAGUAUGACUAUUUGGAUGACUGAAAUCUCACCGUAGCGAGCCUUUUUAUUUAUCGGAAUUUUGAAGUUUGGGAAAGAAAAAAAGAAUCAUAGAUAAUUUAUUUGAUUUAACUACAUACUAUAAUCAUUUUCUAUUUUCAAAAUUCAAAAUACUUCGGUGAGAGUAAUUUGAUGGCAUACAUUUGUAGCCAAUGCUUGGAUGACAUUCAAACCACAAGCAUGCUCCAAACAAUUUUGAAAGCAGAUCUCGAGUUGACUUAUUGAUCAAUCACGUCUAAUAUGAACGUUAUAUCGAUACCGAAGUCUAUGUACGUAUUGAUUAACCAUCCAAUACGUACAUUAUAUCAAUACCGAAGUCUAUAUAUACGUAUCGAUUAACUGUAUUUAAUAUUUGUGCUAUAUCGACACUGAUCAUAUUCCGAACAAUAUGUAUGAUUUUCACAUAUAUGACCAGUGUUUGAAAAAAAAUUAAUAUUUCUUUAUGUAGUGUCAAUUGAUGUAUCUUUCUAAACAAAGAUAAAAAAAACAAAUAUGUAUAAUAUAUUAUACGCAUCGUAAAAAAAAAACAGAAUUUCUGAUAUCAGACAUAAAUUGAAAGUAUAAAUAAGCUAAAAUUUAAUUGUACUUAUUUAUAAUUAAUAUUUACGUAUAUUACAUAAUUUACGUACAUUAUGUACUAACAUAUAUGCAUAUAUUUUAAUAAAAACAAGAGAAAAUAAAAGAGAAAGUAUAAAUUUAAGUAAAUAUCACAAUUUGGAAAGUAAUUUUAGAAUAGAAAUAUAAUUUUAUUUAAAACUUUCUAUAUACUAUUUAAGGAAAUUAAUUAAUUAUUCAUACUAGAAGGUGAAACAGUGAACGUUGAUUAUUAUUGUUCUUAAUUAUUUAUGGAACAAGCUUUCUUGAGUUCGGCUUGAAUAUCAAAAGUUAAAUUAUUAUUAAUAUAAGAUCUUAAUUUUAAUAAGAUAAAAAGAUUUAUUAGGUUUAUUGAUCCGAAUCAGUUACAUUUAUCUAUUAUAUUUAAAAGAAGUUUCUUAUUUACGAAUUUUUUCCUAAAUAAAAAGUUAUACAAAUAUUCUAAGUAUGCAAAUAAAAAAUCCUGUACAUUUGUCUAAGCCUAGAUAUAACAAUAUUACGUCAUCAUGGCCUCGAAGGCAGCGUACAUGAUAUCAGUCAAGAGUUCGGCUACCUUGGCAGCGCCGAUCGCAGGGCGAGAGUUGAGAACAAAAUAUACCUGCGUUUGACAGGGUGUUAGUGAACCAGGCUGAUCUUAGUAUACGUCGGAGGGUUGCAAAGGGUAAUGGAUAAAAGUAGUCAGUCAGUCAGCGUCCGACCGCGGCGUCGGCAACAUUUUUGAGUGUAUUUCUUACUCGAAUUUUCUCUUUCUUUCUUGGAAGAAAAUAUUUACAUAAAGUCCCGUACGUACUAAGUUUCAAAGUUUGACAAUUUUCGAAAUAAAUGAAAAUAUCACAUUGACGAUGUGAAAACGAUCAUUUAGAAAUGUCUAGUGGAAGAAGAGUGACGCGUCCUAUUCGACAAUUAUCGUUACAACAGCCUACGUCACGUCGAUUACAGAUCAGACGACAGAGAUCGACGGAGGACGAUUAUGGCAAGUCUCUGCAGAUUUACGCGAAUUCAGUUCCGCGCAGGAAAUCAGCUACAAAUGUGACGGAAACGAAAAAACAUGUACGAGUUGCUUGGGGCAAAAAUGACAGCAAAGAUAGUGGAAGAGAACUGGCUCAGGUAGAGGUGAUAGCUCACCAGAUUCCAGGUCGAUUGAAAUCGGCUACGAAUCGACCCAGUAGAAGCUAUGUUGCCACGGAGUCAAUUCUUUAUUCGCGGCAGGAGCUCGCCGAGAGGCUGCGGCUCGCAUGGAAGCACCGUGAAGAAAAUAAAGCAAAUAUCGACAUCUUUCUAGCACACGGCAUGAAGGAGCGCUCUAACUCUGAACUGUCGAUAUCUGUUCCAACGACUGCUUCGUCUACAAAAAAAUCUGAUUAUGUCCAGGAUGAUGUUUCACGGGGUAUGGAAAUACCUAAUUUUGAAGUACAAAAGAAAGAAUUAUGUAAGGUUGAUAAUAAAAAUAAAAGAGAAUGCGAGGAAAUAAUAAAUAUCGCGCCUCAAAUGAUGGAAGAGAGUACGGAUGUAAUAAGCGACAUAGAAAACGAAGGAGGAAGACAGAACGAGAAAGCGAAGGACUCGCGAAUUGACCUGGAUCUUGAAAAGAAGAAAAAGACGUGCAUAACUCUUGAUUGCUUGCAUCCUUCGGCUAUCUUUUCAUCCUUAAAAUCGGAAGACACAAAUUCAGCAAAACUCAAUGACAAUUUUUCAAUGGCAAAGCAAAAACGCGCGAGCUUUCAUAGCAAGACCAAUCGCGCCUUUUUAGUGCCAAUGAUGGAGAAGCCUUCAAAAGAAAUAGCAGAGGCAAAAGAUAAGAUUAUUCCAGUAAAAUCAGUCGAGAUUAGAUGCGCUUCUGCUAAAACUACAAUAAAUUCGCCGGUUGAUAAGUGUGCUACUCUCACAAAAAAUUCAUCUAUAACGAGUUUAAGAAAGAUGAGGCGUACAAACUCUGCGCCAUCGCAGAGGGAAAAUAUUACAGCACGUAUGCAGGUAAAUAUCGUGAUCGAUGCAUCUGGUCUUACCGAGGCAACGGAUAAGUCAAUAAAUUGUAGAAAAAUGCAAAACAAAAAAGAUAUUAUGGAUGAAGACAAAGAGGAUUUGACGAAGAUAUCACAAAUCGAGCGAUCGAUUAAAUCAGCACCUGUAAAGAGGAAAUCCAAAAGCGCAAAAAGACGGUUUUUUACAUCGUUAAGUCCUAGCAGAUGCAAAGACGAACAAAACACAGAACGGAGAAAAAAUUCUGUAGAUCCUAGGACAAGCGAUGUGAUCACUAUGGUAUCCUUAAUUAGUUCAGCCGAUAGCGAUAGUGAUAUGGAAAAUUCAUCAAGCGAUGAUAAACUCAUCGACGAGUUGCGCAAUAAAUUACCCACUACACCCAUCAUUAAAACGUCUAUUAACACCAGCCUCAAUACAGCAAGAAAGCCUAUCAAGUCAGUUUCCUUCCAGAGAAGCUCCUUUGAAAUAUCGACAAAAGAAGAGAAGGAUGUUGUUAAUGAUGUUGAACCACCCACUCCGCUGAAUUCCAUUAUUAAUGUCACACAAAAGAAAGAAGGCAAUGAGAAUUUAGUAAAGCAAGAUUUAGUUGUUAAUAGUACUGUCGUAACGUCUACACUAGCUGCCGUUUCUGCGCUAAUUACACAAGAUGCUGAAAACGCAAUGUUGGAAGCACCGUUGAACAAUCGCGAGAAAAGAUGUUUGGCGGUGCCGAUUGGUGAAUUACACGACAAAAAAUGGAAGUUGUUGCAAGCAAAGAGCGCACCGAGUUAUAUAACAGUAACAGAGAAGAUGAACAACUCACCGAUGGAAGAAGUAAAGGAACAGAAGCAACAUUUCACGAUGUCGUCAAUAAAUCUUGUGACGAAUUCAUCGCCGCCGAUCAACAGUCCUACAAAAGUUGGACAAUUUUCUAAAGAAACAUUAGCAGCGGAGGAAACGUCACAAGAGAUGUCAGAACCGCAUCUUCAAACGACUAAGGAGAAAGAAUGCUGGCAUCUUUACAGACGAAUGUGUGAUAAGGGAGUGUGUGUAUCCUUCAAUACUGUUUUGAGAGGCAUGCUGACACCGACGGAGUAUCGAAUGCGACAGAAGGAAUUCUCGUUAGAUUUGCAAGAUUCAUGAACAUACCAUAUUAUUUUGUUACAAUUGAUCAGAUAUUUCUUUGGAUAGAUUGUUCUUACUUUCUUGAAUUUGUCAAAAUUAUUAUUUGGAGACGAAUAUCCUAAUACUAAUGUACCGAGGAUAACUGUAUAUAUUAUAAUAUGUUUCUGGUUACUAUUUAUAUUAUUCAGAGAUUUAUCUGUGUAGCU